AAUUAUGUUUUGUGAUUAAAUUUGUAUGUGUAUUGGAACGAAAGACAAACUUUUAACAUCAACCAUGUUUCUAAAAUGUAUGAUGCUCUGCAUAAUCUACAGUGUUUACGCCCAGAAAUCGAGGCAAACAGAGUGCAAGUACAGAAUGAAUGGACUUUUUGCAUAUCAUUAUUAUUGUGAGAUAAUGAAAGCGUGUUGCCUCAUCGAUAGUAAAUGGAAAUGCAUAGAAACAAUUGGUGAAUAUGACAUGUAUGACGCUUGGUACAUUUCACACAGAUGCAAAUUUCAUGAAAGGUCCACAUCUAAUAACAAGACCAUGACAGCACGAGCCAAGAAGAAGACAGAUACUACACCAGCUUACAUAAAGACAACUCACAACCGAAGACAAAGACAAAGAACUAGAAACAGGAGCAGGAUGAACAUUCGUCGUAAUUUUCACAAAACCAUUGGAAUAAAUACACAGUCUAGGGGAUUUUCAAGAUAUAUAAGAAGCACAACGGGAUACAGACAUACAGAAUACACACCUUCUCCAGAGGAGAAUCUUUUCCGAAUUCUUCCGGCAGCAAUUGUAGUGGCAAUGAUAAUCUUCUUCUGUGUAUGUUGCUGUGUAUACGACGAUAUGAAACAACAUAAGAUGAGACUAAAAAAUAGAAUACGUAUACAACAAUCAAGGGCCUUACAACUGACAAAUGAACAACAACAUUAUCGCGUUAUAGGUUUGUACUAUGACAAUGGAAAUGCUGCUGCCUGUGUUGCUUAUCCAAGGAUGCAGCUGGAGUAUGGAGCCGAUUUGGAAAUGCUCAUCAAUUCUACACCAGACUGUACAGCAUCUCUUUCCACAGAUAAUCCACCAGCAUAUGAAGAUAUGAUCAAUGGAAAUACAACCGCUAUUGAUACAUAUAAUCCAAGGACACACGCAGGAGACGUUGAGGAAAGAAACACCCAUCAUAUACCAAAUAACAGUACAAUAACUGAUUUACUUGACGAUACAAAAUAUUUACCUACUGUUAGUCCACCAGCAUACGAGGAUAUCAUGAAAGGAAAUGCAGCCGAAAUUGUUUCAUAUAAUCCAAGAACACGCACACAAGACAAAGAGGAAAGGCUUGCCAAUUAUAUAGCAAAAAAACGGUACUGAAACUAAUUUGUAAGACGAUCCAACAUCGACACCUACGUGCACAAUAAAUCCCCAGCAUACGAAGAUUAUAUGUAUAGACAUAACAAGUGCACUUUUAUAUCUUUGCAUUUGGAUAUAAUUUGUCACCUAGUUCUGUGAGCCUUUACUUGAAUAAAGUUACCU